AUGGGACCCUGCUGCCCCUGGUUACAGGUUUUCAGUAUUUUUUUUGCCCUUCUAGGAAUAGGAGAGAAACCUCAAAAGGCGCUUAAAAAAAGAGAUGAUCUAUCUAAAGAACAAAAGUUAAAACAACUGUAUAUUGAGAAGGUGUCCGCGACCAUCAGUGACGUACAGACAAUAAACGGAAUAUCGCUUCUCAUUGGGGCUAUGGCUCAAUAUCGCUCUUUGAGUCUUUACCACUAUCAUGUUAUCUAUGAUAUCGUUAAUUUGACUGGCAUCUCGGUCUGCGCCGGUCUCAUCAAUGUCAUUGGAACCAAGACCGCCCAUAAUCGUGAUCGCCUCUUCUUGGUCAUUAUCUUCAUUUGUCUCUAUCUCGCUUUCGUCGUCAUCUUUGGCAUCAGACUACAGAUGUGGGAUGACAACCUCCCUGGACGAUGCUACUAUGCCAACAGAGUCCUUUCGCUGGGCUACUACCACUCUCUAGGCGAUAGAGUGUAUCUCGCAUUGACCUGUGCUUACUUCUUCUUGAGUUUGAUAUUCUGCGGCCUCGUUGCGCUGGGUACAAUGCCACUGAUACACGAGUACCCGGUUCUAGAGUUCCUAACAGCUCAACAACAGGAGAAUCAAUCUAUGCUGGGACACAUAUCAGCCGCCGUUUCGGAGGCAGCAAGGUUACUGCGUCUAAACCGCCUGUUUCCCAAGAUUCCCCGACUAUCUCGAAGAAGGGACAAGUGGCUUGAGGUGUGGUCGAUGCCUAACCCGAAGCUUAUUACCCUGUCUCUGGCAAUGGUUCAGUACCCGUUACACAUUUAUGCCGUCUUUACCCUGCGACAGACAAACGAGAACCUUCUAAAUGGAGACUCGGAGAAUUACUGGGGCUUCGGCCAGGUUGUUGCUCUGGUCUUGUUGGCAUCGUCGGUGCUUCAGGGAUUUCGGGCUAUACUCGGUUACUAUAGAGCGAAGAAAGAAAAGUGGUUCAUCACGCCGCCGGCAAGGAGGAAUAGUGCUUGA